AUGGCCCAACAGAUGCAGUACUACGCUGCCCAGCAGCAGCUCCAGCAGGUGCAGCAACCACAGGCACCGGCUCAGAUGAAUCCCGAAUCUGAUUUGUUGCGUAACCUCAUGGUAAACUAUAUUCCCACUACGGUUGAUGAAGUUCAGCUGCGCCAGUUGUUUGACCGAUUUGGACCAAUUGAGUCCGUCAAGAUCGUGUGUGACCGCGAGACGCACCAGAGCCGGGGUUAUGGAUUUGUGAAGUUCCAGAGCGCGGCGAGUGCGCAGCAGGCUAUUUCGGGGCUGAACGGCUUCAGCAUUCUCAACAAGCGCCUAAAGGUAGCAUUGGCAGCCAGCGGCCACCAGCGUGCUGGGCCUGUCAGUGACGGCGGAUACUUCGGCGGGUACGGCAGCUAUGGUGCGUACCCCUCCGCUGCGAAUCCCUAUGCCCAGCAGCAGAUGAUGGCGAUGUACCAGCCGUAUAUGAUGCAGCCACAGCAGCAGCAGCAGCAGCAGCAGCUUCAGCCACUGCCUCCGUCCCCACAGCAGCAGCCGCAGUCACAGCAGCCGCAACAACAACAACAGCAGCAGCCGCAACAGCAGCAGCAGCAGCAACCUCAGGGCAGUCGUCCCGCUCGGAAGUGA